UUUUCACUUCCUUUCCCGGGAAAAUCUUGCAUUGCUCUUACUUAAUUCUGUUAGCUUCAUCGGAAUCAAUGGCGGCUUCUUAUCCCAAGCUCCAGUUACGGGACCUGGGAAACACCGGCCUCAAAACCAGCAGUGUCGGCUUUGGUGCUUCCCCUCUCGGCAGCGUCUUCAGCCCCGUCUCUGAGGAGGAUGCCGUCGCCGCCGUUCGUGAAGCCUUUCGUCUUGGCAUCAACUUCUUCGACACCUCCCCGUACUAUGGAAGGACCUUAUCAGAAAAGAUGCUUGGUAAGGGACUGAAAGCUCUAGGAGUUCCAAGGAGUGAGUAUAUAGUGUCAACAAAGUGUGGGAGAUAUGGUGAGGGUUUUGAUUUCAGUGCUGAGAGGGUGACAAGGAGCAUUGAUGAGAGUUUGGCUUUCUUAACAAAACAGUGUGCAAGAACUGUAUUUGUGAUCUUCCAUCGGUUAUUUUUGAUUUCAGUGUAAGAUCUUCCAUCGGUGCAUGUAUUUGUGAUCGGUUCUGGUUUUCUUAACAAAAUAGUGUGAAGUUGUAAGACUGGCCUAAGAACUGUGUUGAAAUAUCUCGAAACUGUCUCACUAGA